UAUUUUUGAAAAUAAUAUCUACUAUCAACCUGAUAUAAAGAGCAGUUCAUUGCGACUGACAUCUUCUGGAAAAGAAGGAAUUAUCUUUAAUGGGAUUGCUGACUGGUUAUAUGAAGAGGAACUUCUGCAUUCUCACAUUGCCCACUGGUGGUCGCCAGAUGGAGAAAGGCUUGCCUUCCUGAUGAUAAAUGAUUCGUUGGUGCCUAACAUGGUUAUCCCUCGAUUUACUGGAGCAUUGUAUCCCAAAGGAAAGCAGUAUCCAUAUCCUAAGGCAGGUCAAAUGAACCCAACCAUCAAAUUAUAUGUUGUAAACCUAUAUGGACCAACUCAUACUUUGGAACUCAUGCCACCUGACAGCUUUAAAUCAAGAGAAUAUUAUAUCACCAUGGUUAAAUGGGUAAGCAAUACGAAGACGGUGGUCAGAUGGCUAAACCGGCCUCAGAACAUCUCCAUCCUCACCAUCUGUCAGACUACCACUGGUGCUUGCAGCAGAAAAUAUGAGAUGACAUCAGAUACUUGGCUCUCGAAACAGAAUGAGGAGCCGGUGUUUUCUAGAGAUGGCAGCAAAUUCUUCAUGACAGUUCCUGUUAAGCAAGGGGGCCGUGGAGAAUUUCACCACAUAGCGAUGUUUCUCGUCCAGAGUAAAAGUGAGCAAAUUACUGUGCGGCAUCUGACAUCAGGAAACUGGGAAGUGAUAAAGAUCUUGGCAUAUGAUGAAAAUACUCAAAAAAUUUACUUUCUGAGCACAGAGUCUUCUCCCAGAGGGAGGCAGCUGUACAGUGCUUCUACUGAAGGACUUUUGAAUCGUCAAUGCAUUUCAUGUAAUUUUAUGAAAGAACAAUGUACAUAUUUUGAUGCCAGUUUUAGUCCUAUGAAUCAACAUUUCUUAUUACUCUGUAAAGGCCCAGGUGUCCCAGUGAUCAGUCUACAUAGCACGGACAACCCAGCAAAAUAUUUUAUAUUGGAAAGCAAUUCCAUGCUGAAGGAAGCUAUCCUGAAGAAGAAGAUAGUAAAGUCAGAAAUUAAAAUGCUUCAUAUUGACGACUAUGAACUUCCUUUACAGUUGUCCUUUCCCAAAGAUUUUACGGACCGAAACCAGUAUGCUCUUCUGUUAAUAAUGGAUGAAGAACCAGGAGGCCAGCUGGUUACAGAUAAGUUCCAUAUUGACUGGGAUUCAGUACUUGUUGACACAGAUAAUGUCAUCACGGCACGAUUUGAUGGCAGAGGAAGUGGAUUCCAGGGCCUGAAAAUUUUGCAGGAGAUUCAUCGAAGGUUAGGUUCAGUGGAAGUAAAGGACCAAAUAGCAGCUGUGAAAUUUUUACUGAAACAGCCAUACAUUGACUCCAAAAGAUUAAGCAUUUUUGGAAAGGGGUAUGGUGGCUAUAUUGCAUCAAUGAUAUUAAAAUCAGAUGAAAAGCUUUUUAAAUGUGGAUCAGUGAUUGCACCCAUCACAGACUUGAAGUUGUAUGCCUCAGCCUUCUCUGAAAGAUACCUUGGUAUGCCAUCUCGGGAAGAAAGCACUUACCAGGCAUCCAGUGUGCUACAUAAUAUUCAUGGCUUAAAAGAAGAAAAUAUAUUAAUAAUUCAUGGGACUGCUGACACAAAAGUCCAUUUCCAGCAUUCAGCAGAAUUAAUCAAACACCUAAUAAAAGCUGGAGUGAAUUAUACUAUGCAGGUCUACCCAGAUGAAGGCCAUAAUGUAUCUGAGAAGAGCAAGUAUCAUCUCUACAACACAAUCCUCAGAUUCUUCAGUGAUUGUUUAAAGGAAGAAAUCCCUGUGUUACCACAGGAACCAGAGGAAGAUGAAUAAUGGACCCUAUUUAUAUAGAACUGAAGGGGAUCUUGAGGCUCAAUGAAACCUAACCAAGAGACUGUAAUAUUGUACAUGCUCCAGAAUUUCAAGGGCAGCUUAAGGAGAUGACACUGGAACAGCACACUCAGAGACAAUGAACUAGAAUUUGAAUACAGAUGUCCUAGUCUACUGUGUUGCCAAGGGUGCAGAACCGGUUUCUUUGUGUAAGGAAGGUUAAAGGGUUGGUUUCCUGGGAGAAAUUAGUUUUGCAUUAAAGUAGGAGUAGUGCAUGUUUUCUUCUGUUAUCCCCCAAUUUGUUCUGUAACUAGUUGCUCUCAUUUUAAUUUCGGUGGCCACCAUCAUCUUUGCAUAUGAUGCAUACUUAUCAGUACCACAUCCCUGAUCUUUGAUGGCUGAGCUGCAACCUAACACCUUACUGUAUCUUUACAAUAAGUGCAAUUCCUUGUCUAUUAUUAUGCUUAAGAAAAUACUCAGUUAAUAAAAAACAGUAUUUUAUGUAAUUUCUGUUUAUAAAAAGACAUUAUUAAAUGGGUCAAAGGUCAUGUAGAAAUAUGGAUUUCAGCACCUUCCAAAGUUCAGCCACUUAUCAGUAGAUACAGUAUCUUUAAAUCAACACACGAGUGUGUCUCAGAAUAUACAGACACACGUGUGCAUAUACAGUUAAUAAAUCUAUCUUUACAUGUUAUUCAUGCUACAAAGGAUAAACUUCUGAUGAAUUAGAAGAGAUGCUCUUUUACAGGCUAUAAUGGAUGCUUUGUUUAAUGAGCCAAAAAUGAUGAAACAUUUUUUCCAAUUCAGAUUCUAGCUAUUGCUUUCCUAUAAAUGUUUGGGUUGUGUUUGGUAUUGUUUUUAGUGGUUAAUAGUUUUCUAGUUGCAAUUUAAUUUUUUGAAUAUGAUACCUUGUCACAUGUAAAUUAGAUACUUAAAUAUUAAAUUAUAGUUUCUGAUAAAGAAAUUUUGUUAACAAUGCAAUGCCACCGAGUGCUAUUUUGCUCUUUUGGUGGAGAAGGCUUUUUUUAAAACACUUGGUCAUUUUACUUCUCUCUCUCAAUGCAGAAUCAAUUCUCAUUUUCAUUGUAAAAGCAAAGAACUGGAUUAUUUCAUUUGCCAGUUCCUAUUUAGUAUUCUGUGCCUGCUCACUUCAUCUGUUACUGUUUAAUUUAAAUCCUUCUGGUGAGAAUUAGAAAUGAAAUAUUUUUUAUUCAUUGGCCAAAAAAGUUCAAACAGCAGUGUUUGCUAUUUAAUUUGAGUUGAAGGCACAAAUGCAUUAAUUCUUGUGCUGUAUUGACUUGCAGUAGUAAGUAAAUGAGAGUGUAAAAUAAACUUGACGGUAUGAAGUCAUGAGAUUUAAUUUAAGUCAUGAGAUUAAAGUCAUGAGAUUAAAUUUAAGUCAUGAGAAUAUUAAAUUUGGUGACUAAAAUCACUUUGGUGACUUAAGGGAUCUGUCGGAAAAUGUCUGAAAGUCUGUAAUCGAGCUUAGAAGUUUAGAUAAACCUAGGCAGUGUACUGUUUUUGUGGUUUCUCUCAAAUUCCUCAGGACAGGUUGGAUUCUCAUGACAUCAAGACACCAGGAGCAAACUCAAAAAUGUCACAGAACUGCUCAGUAACUCUCCCAUUUUCUUGAAGGAUCAACCCCCAACUCUGGGUAUUUGGAAGCAUAUAAAUUGUUUUUUGGAUAUUCGACUUUUCUUCUGGAUGCUUUGGAAUUGUGUCUUCACUGCUCCGCUGGAUUCAGUUUAAAAUGGGAAAGGCUCACUUUUCUGAGAGACCCAUUUCAGGUCUUUUUCAAGAAUAGUAAACACAUUUUUUAAAAAAUAAGUUUAAUGUUUAAAAGGAAAGUUUUGCCUAUUUUAUUAAGAUGGAAAUUUCUUUUUAGGCUGAUUUGAAGUCCAACUGAAGCUUUUUAAUCACUAUUUUAAAUUUCAACCACUAGAGUUUUUUAUGAUGCAAAUAAUUAUGGUGUCUGAAA